AUGAUUAUUGUCGAGAUUGUAUUGAACCUGAAUAUUGUAUAUGAGUCUAUUAAAUUUAAAUUUAAUGAGUUUGAAUUGAAUGCAAGAACUGCCAAAUCAGUAAUCGAACCUGGUUCAUAUUAA